UUUCACAUCUCUUUGUGUUGUGCAUUUCUUUGGACCUUGUGCUCGAAUCCUUCCAUCAUUGCCAUCUUGACGACGACGAUGGAUGAAUCUCGUCGUGUAAGAAAUAGCGAUGACGACCCCAACAACGCCGCCAGCAGCAAUGCAACAAACAAUACUAUCGCCAUCGUUAGCCAUGUCGGGAAUGAUUUGAAUCCUGUGAUGGACACAUUGCACCAAAUGCCUCACAGCUUGUCAGCUCGCAACAGCAGUGCUCUGGCAAAUGAUUCAAGAUUAGAGUUUAUAUCCAGUUAUACGUUAACCACUUUACGUCUUAAGCAAGACAAAUGGCUCAAGAUGAUGGCCACACCGGAAUACCAGUUCGUUUUGUUCGAUUGGUUGAACAAUGUGCAGCGACGCAUUUUGGUUAUGACACUGAGUCCGGGUGGUCUAUUAAUACCGAAAAGUUCCAUCAGUGAUUUGUAUCAGAACUAUGCAGCGGUGCAAGUGAUGAAAACCCCAACAGCUACAUCUUCCGCCAAUGUCCUGGCUGAGGAAUCAAUACGGCCAGGAGCCGGGGUUGCCGAAGCUACAGCCGUCGCCGCCACAGCGACUACAACAACAGCAGCCACAUCAACAUUUAGCAACACAACAACCACAGCGGCAGCAGCAACUUUAGCAGCCAGUAUUGCCAUGACACCAUUGGCAGCCGGCACCGCUGUUUUGUUGGCUCCAUUGCCACCACCCUCUAGCAGUUUUUCAACAUUGGACGGUGUACCACGUGGAAAGUGUGCCUUCUUCCUGCGACGCGAUGUAAAUGUUCCAAUUGUCGAGGACACCUUCGUCCAGAAUGUUAUCUAUGGAGAUUUUCCUGUUCACAGCAAAAUCGAUACAUUACUCAUACUCUUCGAUGAGAUACUCAAGCCAUUGUUAAUGAAUCCACAGAAUCGCAGAUUAUGGCCCAGUGUUGUAGGCAAGGAUUUGAACAAUCGCAUGAAGGACGUGCGCAAUACGCUAACCGAGAUUAAAGGCAAAACCAACAAUCGGACAAUUUUAUCGUUAUUAGUUUCGCCAACAGCCAUUCAAGAAAUUGCCAGUCAUCUUAAACAGGGAAAUGUAGAACCACCAUUAUUGGACAGCAAGUUUCGUGGUCAACUCGAGGAAAUGGUCAUCAAUUGGACCGGUCAGGUGCAUGAAAUAAUCAACGAGAAGUCUGAGUGCAGUACUUGUACGCCACGCAACAAAAAUAACAUCCAGCAGCGCUUGGUAAUUGUGACCCUACCCGCUCAAGAGAUUAACUUCUGGUUAAAUCGUCAACAGAAUUUAGAAAAUCUCUUUAAACAAUUAAAUUCCGCCAACCAUAAGGCUGUUGGUUGGGUACUACAAGAAAUUGACUCACCAUAUUAUCCAUCAUUUGCUAAAAUGUUAAAGCACGUUGUGUGUGCUUGGCACGAGGCUCAGGAUGUUGCAUUGUGGCUACAGCCUAUGUUAAGACAAACCACAGCCUUUAAUGCGGUCACCUUUGCUAAUGCUGGGGAACUUAUUACGCCGUUGGUGCACAUCAUCCACUUGGUGUGGUCGAAUGCUCGUCAUUAUCGCAGCACCGUCCGAAUGACGACAUUGUUGCGUUGCAUUUGUAAUUUAAUGAUACGUCGGGCAAGUGAAGACCUUGAAGUGGCCACGCUGUUCCAGGGUGAUGCCGACGAGGGCCUUCUGAAAAUAACAAAAACCAUUAGGAUUUUGGAAAUGUUUAAGUCAAAAUUACUGGAAUACAAAGCCAAGUAUGGCAGCAAUCAAACCAUAUUACCAGCUUUGCAGCUUGAUGCCCGAAGACCAAAUGUGGAAGACGAUGAUAGAACGGCUUCUCAUUUUAAUGUUCCAGAGAUCCAUCAAUUAUGGCGCUUUUCCAAUGAGGAUGUGUUUGGCCAUGCUUUGAAUGGCUUUAUUGAACAACUUUCCGAAAUACAAACGGUAUUUGAGGCUGCUGUAUCAUUUCAAAGUCUUGAGAAAUUAGAAAUAGGUUGUUGCAUUGGCAAGUUCUUAACGGAGCGCAUACGACAGAUUCAUUGUGACUUCAAAAUGCUGUUCGAAGAAUGGACUAAAUUGGAAAUUGAUUUGAGUCAGACAUCAAAUACCAGUUGGCAAUCAUUCAGAAGAGAACAGGCGGUAUUUUUCCAGAACAUGGAGGUGCUGGAAAAGAAAUUAGCCACCAUUUUGUUGCAAGCAUUUGGCGACUGUCACAAUUGGGAGCAGCUCACCAAGCUGACAACAAUGUUUGCCAACAUUGUACAGCGCCAAACCAUUCAAUCCGAAUUACAGGUAAUUUUGCCUCACAUACUCUCCGUGUACCGCGAAGAAUUGCUGCUGAUUGAAAGCAUUGUCAGCGAAGUGCUAUUGGCAUUUGAAUAUCGAGGUGUCGACGUCAUCGUACCACUGGAACACAACAACUUCCCGCCCAUGGCCGGUGCAAUGAUGUGGUUAGAGAACUAUCAGCGAAGAUGCGAUGUCUUUGCCGCCAGUGAAGUGAACUCGUUGAUAAAAGUGUUGAUGACAACUACGGAUGGCAAUCCCUUAAAUCUGGAAUAUGAAAAAUUGACUGCAAGACGUAAUAUUUUGACAACAAAGCUAAGCAAUUUGCAGUUGAAAGUUUGGCACAAUUGGCAGCAGACAAUUGAGAAGCGUAUUGCCCAAGGACUUGAUACCAAACUGAUGACUCUCCACCAAAACUCUGGCGGUGACAAAUUUCGUUGUACAAAACGAACUCGCCAAAGUUGUGAGUGGCCCGCCAACAAUAAUGCGAAUGGAGGUGGAGAUAUCAGUGCUGCUGCAGACGUCAGUGGAAAUGCCAACAAAGUCAAUAAGAGUAACAGCAACAACAAUGACGACAACACCAACACCUGGACAUCCAAUUAUACACAUCGUUAUCAAGUUGUCACCAAAAUUCGCUGCAAUAGUGCAUCGACCAGUGCCCUGGCUUUAAGUGAGUCAUCGUCGUCGUCGCCAUCAUCAUCAACGACACCUGGUGAUGACAACACGAAAAUCCUUGAAAUGCAUUACUCCAUUGAACUUUUCACGUUACUAAGGGAGACUAAAUAUUUGUUAGCCCUACAACAGGCCAACGAGAGGCGUAAAGUGUUGCUGGCCAUGGUUGCACCAACAUUUAGCUUACCGCAACAGACGCAGCAGCAGCCACACCCCCAUAAUCACCAACAGCAACAGCAUCAAUUAUUGCCACAAACUUUGCUCAACCUUUACGAACUGCGCGAUGUUUUUUGGCAACGCAAGAUCAGAUUAAUGCAAAUCUCGGAAUACUACAACGGCAUUCGCCACCAGAAUGGACUAACAACAGCUUCCACAGAAAUGCAAUUAAUUCAUCCGUCUGUCAGUGCAAUCGAUGAACAGUUGGAUUUCGCUGCCAGAACAUUAACAUGGAGGAACUAUGAUGAAGAACUUAUCGAUGAAAUAUACGAGAAAACAAAAGCUCUACAUCAAAAUUUAGUUGCGGCACGUUCAAAUAUUGAUUUAAUAUUGAAAACCAUUCAACAUUGGAGCCGUGAGCCCCUACAUCAACGUUCCAUUUAUGGCAAGAAUCUAUUGGAAAUACGACACCAGGAGCAACGUUUGCGCAAUCGCAUUGUACAAUGUGAAGAAACUAAAAGGCUACUGAAUCGUUUGUUAAUUGAAAAUUUUUGCCUCUUCUUCAAUUACCAAUUGGGAGACAUGCAAACUGAGGAAGAACAAAAUAUUCAUAAGUUUUUGUUAAAAUAUCCUGAUGAUCAACGGGAUAAGUAUACUCAAUAUUUAAAAUCUAUCGAUAAAAUGAUCUACGCUGAAGUUCGCCAGUCAAUGAAAAUUAGUUUGGAGUAUUUGCUCAACGAAAUGGCAACAACCGCAACAGUGGAAACAUCACAACCACUGACAACAAAACCAACUACAAAAACAACAACAGCAAUGGGCGAAGAAGCUAUAACAGCAACACCAACAAUUGCUGGGACUUCUGUUGCAAUGGAGAAGAGUGGAGUCAACCAAACAAGAACCAUCAAAUCAAUACAAACACUAACUCCAACAACAACAACAACAUUGACAGAAUUAACAGUUCCAAAAGCCACAACAACGACAACCAAACAUUUUCUACCCCACUUACUUAAGGCGAUCCAUAGCCAGCAACAAGAGUUGCAGUUCACCAGCAACACCCCGCCCUUUUCCCCAUCGGCAACAAUGCGUUCGACACCAACCUCCACUCCUUUGGAGCCCUCCACAACCACAAAAGCACCCCUUUUUGAGGUAAAACUGCAACUGCUUUAUGGCGCUCGAUGUAUCCACUUCGAACCCUCGCUAGACACCAGUGAGCCAACAAAUUUCCAGCAAAUUGUGGAGCAACUACUCGUUGACAUCGAGAAAGCAUGCAAAUGCAUGCCGCGUAUUUUCCAAGAUGACACGCCACUGACAUCGAGCAAUGAAUGCGACGACGACGACAACAACAGCAACAAUGACGAUGUUACGUUCCAUCAGGUACAAGCAGCUCGUGUCUAUGCUAAAAUGCCGAGCCAAGUGUUAGCAACAGCCCCAUCAAGCGAAGACAAGGUGAUGAAUGCUACAAAUGUUGCAACAAUAACCCAAACAGAGGACCAUGACAGCGGCAAUAGCAACAACAACUACAUCUUAAAACAACUCAAUGCAGUCAUACGGAAUAUGGUUGCUGGCACUGUUAAUGCCGCUAAAGCGUAUGCCUCCAACUUCCAAGUUUAUGCACAUUUAUGGAGUGAAAAAUAUUCACAAGUUCUCAAUAGACAAUUGUUUGAAACGGUACCGGUAGCGAGGGCGGUGAAGCCGGAUGAGAGGGGCCACCAUAAUGCCGGCUCAGUGGCAAGUGACAAAAAAGCACCAGAAGAAUUCACGUUGAACCGAGGUUACUAUGUCAUGGAAACAUUCAAGCGUGAGAUUGAACGCUACAUUGAAAUGCAUGACGUCCUGGAACAAUUUGAUGACUUUAAAAUCAUUAACGGUUGGCUGCUCAUCGACAUUAGACCAUUGAAAUAUUCUCUGCUAAAUAUGACAUGCAAAUGGUCACAGUUCUAUAAAAAAGGACUUCUGCUGUAUGUGGAGAGGACACUGGAGAGAUUUACAAUCUUCAUUAAGCAAAGUUUUGAAUUGUUGCAACUGCAUGUGGCACGCGACGACUUUCGAUCACUGCUCAAAGUGUUGGAGGUAAUCGCUCGCAUCAAGAAAAAAGAAAAAUAUGCUGAUCAUCUGUUCAAGCCACUCAAGGAAAUUGUCCAGCUGUUGAAAACCUAUCAUGUCCAAAUCAAUGGACAAUUUGCCCGCGCCAUUGAUCAAUUGCCGUUGCAGUGGCAGCAUUUGAAAACGGUGGCAGGUGGAAAAAUUGAAUCGUUGCAAGACACACAACGCUUUCAACAACAACGUGUCGCUGGUAUCGCACAACUCUUUAGCUGUCAUUUGCAGACGUUUGCAAAACAGUUUCAAAAAAUGCCCUUUUUCCAAACACCCUGCUCGGAGGUGUAUUCGUUGUGCGACACUGUUUGUUUGCGGCUCCAUCGCUUCGAUGUGCAACACAAACGCAUUAACCAUUGUGCCCAACUUCUUGAAAUUGCAACACCGGAUGAUAGUCUGUUGCGAGUGUGUGCCACCGAAGUGAAACGGGUUAAGCAACUGUGGGAUUUCGUUCAUGUCAUCGAAUCCUGCAUCAAUGAUUGGCGCGCAUCACCUUGGCUACUCAUCGACACCGAUGACAUUGAAAACGAAUGCAAGCAAUUUACACGCGACUUACGAACGCUAGACAAAAGCAUACGCGAAUGGUCGCCAUAUCGCUUUAUUGUGGGUGUUCUUAGGGAAUUAGUGGCAUCGUUGCGUACCAUCACUGAAUUGCAAAAUCCCGCAAUUACCGAACGUCAUUGGCUGGAAUUGAUGCAAGAGACUCAGCUGGCCAAACGUUUCUCUCUGGAUUACCUGCUCUCUUUCAAAUUGGACAACACCAGCACCCUGGAUAAACUGAUGAAACUGGAACUUCACAAACACGAUGAGGAAAUACGAAAUACCGUAGAUCGAGCAAUCAAGGAGAUGAAUGUAACCAAAAUCCUAGAUGACAUCAAGGCAGUAUGGUCCCAAAUUAAGUUCGAUCGGGAGUCACAUCUACGGCGCCCAAAUGUAAUAUUACUAAAAGUCUCGGAAGGACUCAUCGAAACCUUGGACGAUAAUCAAAUGCAGAUACAAAAUAUAGCCACUUCCAAACAUAUUGACUACUUACUGGAAAAGCUCAACUAUUGGCAAAGGGUAUUGAGCGGGGUGGAGUUGUUCAUUGCCAAUUGGUUUGAGGUCCAACGUAAAUGGGUGUAUUUGGAGUGUAUUUUCAUUGGCUCACCGGACAUACGGGCCCAGCUGCCCAAAGAGUCAGAAUUCUUUGAGGAUAUUGAUGAAGAGUUCAUCGAUCUCUUGUCUAAAAUUCAAACUGUCAAAAUCGCCAUGGAUAUUGUUCUUGAGCAUCGUUAUGUCUUCGAAGCCUUGGAGCAGCUGCAGAAGCGUCUUUUGAUUUGUGAGAAGGCCUUAAAUAAUUAUUUGGAAACCAAACGUUUGGCAUUUCCACGUUUUUAUUUCAUAUCCUCAGCCGACUUACUGGACAUACUCUCCAAUGGCAAUAAUCCACAAAUUAUCGAGCGGCAUUUUAUCAAACUUUUCGAUUCCAUAUUGCGUCUCUCCUUUGCCUCUUAUCGCACCAACAAUGCCAUUGGAAUGUAUUCCAAGGAAAAUAAUGAAUAUGUUCCAUUCAUCUCCGACGAUGGUAUUCUGUGUGAGGGACGUGUGGAACUAUGGCUACAAAUUCUAAUUUCCGAAAUGCGCCAUACCCUCCAUGAGAUGUUCGGCAAAUCACUGCAAGUGCAAUCGGAAAAGUCACGCGACAAAUGGCUCAACGAUUGGCCGGCCCAGGUGGCUUUAUGCUGCAGUCAAAUCUCUUGGACGGCGGAUGUUAAUCGAGCCUUUGCCUGGAUGGAGGAGGGCUAUGAGGCAGCCAUGAAAGAUUUACAUAAAAAUCAAAUCGUACAACUCAAUUCGUUGAUCAAUCUCCUAUUGGGCGAAUUGACACCGGGAGAUCGCCAGAAAAUCAUGACAAUUUGUACCAUCGAUGUUCAUUCGAGGGAUGUUGUUUCGCGCAUAAUCCAGGCCCGUGUUGAUAGUUCGUUUGCUUUUCAAUGGCAAAGUCAGCUGCGACAUCGUUGGACGGAAGUGGGCGGCGAAGAGGAUUCAUUGGUAACCGAAGAUUGUUUUGCCAAUAUAUGUGAUGCCGAAUUCCGCUAUGCCUAUGAAUAUUUGGGAAAUACUUCGAGAUUGGUUAUCACUCCAUUGACAGAUCGUUGCUACAUUACAUUGACGCAGUCAUUGCAUCUUGUGAUGGGUGGCGCCCCUGCCGGGCCAGCUGGUACUGGCAAAACGGAAACCACAAAAGAUUUGGGACGUGCACUGGGUGUAAUGGUUUAUGUAUUCAAUUGUUCCGAACAAAUGGACUACAAAUCCUGUGGUAAUAUAUACAAAGGUCUGGCCCAGACAGGAGCAUGGGGCUGCUUUGAUGAGUUCAAUCGCAUUUCCGUGGAGGUAUUGUCGGUGGUUGCGGUCCAAGUAAAGACCAUACAGGAGGCAAUAAAGAUGCAUAAAUCCCAAUUUGUAUUCAUGGGUGAAACAAUAGCCUUGCUGCCCUCGGUGGGCAUUUUUAUAACCAUGAAUCCCGGUUAUGCAGGACGCACAGAACUGCCCGAGAAUUUAAAGUCACUAUUCCGUCCUUGUGCCAUGAUUGUGCCGGACUUUGCCUUGAUUUGUGAAAUAAUGCUGAUGGCCGAGGGUUUCCAGGAUGCCAGGUUACUGGCCAGAAAGUUCAUUACCCUCUAUACCCUGUGCAAGGAAUUGUUGUCCAAACAGGAUCAUUACGACUGGGGCCUUAGAGCCAUAAAAUCGGUUCUCGUGGUGGCUGGCACUUUGAAACGAGAUGACCACAGCCGACCUGAGGACCAGGUUCUCAUGAGAGCUCUAAGAGAUUUUAACAUACCAAAAAUUGUCACCGAAGAUAUUUCCAUAUUUAUGGGCCUCAUAGGCGAUCUCUUUCCAGCCCUGGAUGUGCCACGGAAGCGGGUGUUUGAAUUUGAAAAGAUCAUACGUCGUGCUGUCAAUGACAUCAAACUGCAGCCCGAAGAAGGAUUCCUCAUGAAAGUGGUACAACUUCAAGAACUCCUAGAUGUGCGUCAUUCGGUUUUCAUUGUGGGCAAUGCCGGAACGGGGAAAACGCAAAUCUGGCAAACACUACGGGAGACUUAUCGCCUGCAGAAACGGAAACCUGUUUGCAGUAUUCUCAACCCAAAGGCUUUGACAAAUGAUGAACUCUUCGGAGUGGUAAAUGCCACGACACGUGAAUGGAAAGAUGGCUUAUUCUCAUCGAUAAUGCGUGAGCAGGCCAAUUUGAAUAAUGACCACCCCAAAUGGAUUGUCUUAGAUGGUGAUAUCGAUCCAAUGUGGAUUGAAAGUUUAAAUACCCUAAUGGACGAUAAUAAAAUCCUAACAUUGGCCAAUAAUGAACGUAUAGCUUUGAAGAAAGAAAUGCGUUUAAUUUUCGAAGUUGGCCACCUGAAGGCGGCAACACCGGCCACGGUGUCGAGAGCUGGAAUUUUGUAUAUUAAUCCAUUGGAUUUGGGUUGGUCACCCUACGUUUUAUCAUGGCUCGAAACCCGCCCCGAUAUGUUGGAACGUGGUAUCCUAACAACCCUGUUCGAGAAAUAUUUUCCGAAAUUAUUACAACGUCAUCAGGAUUUUCGUCACAUUGUCCCAAUAUCCGAUAUGGCCGUCAUUCAAAUGUCCUGUAACUUACUUGAGUGCCUUCUCGACUUUAAUGAAGAAGAAACGGAGUUUCAACACAGUUCCAAUCCCAAUAAUCCCCAUAGUUUACAUCAUGUUGGCUUGGCACCCGAUUCUCUAGAAUUGCAUUUGGAGUUGAUAUUUGUCUAUGCCGUGCUAUGGGGAUUUGGUUCUGCUCUGAGUCAGGAACAUAAUAUCGAUUGGCGGAGAGAAUUUCAAAAAUGGUGGUGCACCGAAUUCAAGGAUAUUAAACUUCCCUCACAGGGUACAAUCUACGACUAUCAUUUGGAUGUGAGGACACAGAAAUUCAUACGUUGGUCUGAUAUGGCGGGGCGAAUGCCAAUGCAAAUGGAGUUUCAGACGCCGGUACAGAGCAUCAUGAUCCCUACAUUUGAAACGGCACGUCUGAUGCACUUCCUGGAAAUGUUAAUUAAUCGCAAUUUACCCUGUAUGCUGGUGGGAAAUUCGGGUUGUGGUAAAAAUACCAUUUUUCGUGAGCUCUUUACCAAAUAUGCCCAAGCUUCGGAUGUGAUGGAUGUUAAUCCGGCAAAAAUGGAAACCCAACGUUGUUCAUUUCAGUCACAACCCAAACCAUUGGCAACCACUGUGCAAGCCAUACAUUUCAAUUAUUAUACAUCUUCAGAAAUUUUCCAAAAAGUAUUGGAUCGUCCGCUGGAAAAGAAAUCGGGAAGGACGUAUGGACCUGUAGGUGCCAAACGACGUUUGGUGUAUUUUAUAAAUGAUCUGAAUAUGCCUGAAGUGGAUGCCUAUGGUACGGUGCAGCCACACACCAUUAUGCGGCAGUUUAUGGACUAUAGGCAGUGGUACGAUCGGCAAUGUCUACAGCUGAAAAACAUACGCAAUUGUCAAUUUGUUGCUUGCAUGAAUCCCACAGCUGGCUCUUUCACGAUUGAUCCUCGCCUGCAAAGACAUUUCUGUGUCUUUUCAGUGGCGCCACCCAGUGAAACGACUCUACAAUAUAUCUAUGGUCGAAUUCUAUCCUCACAUCUCGAUAAUCCUUUGAAUAGUUUUAGCAAGGAAAUAAAAUCCAUAGCUCCACUACUAGUACGAGUUGGAAUUGGCCUACAUCGUCGCAUGGAAGCCGCUUUCCUGCCAACAGCUGUAAAAUUCCACUACAUCUUCAAUAUGCGUGAUUUAACUAAUAUUUAUCAAGGUCUAAUGAAUAGUUGUGGUGUGCCUCUUGAAGCCAAUAAUGUGGGAAACAUAACCUCCUUGGGAGGUACAAUUUGUCAAAAGCCAUCGGAUCUCAUACGCCUAUAUGUCCAUGAAGCAUAUCGUACCUAUAACGAUCGUUUGGUGGAUCCCUAUGACAUAAAGGCUUUUAAUUCGGCCAUAAGGGAUAUUUUCAAAAAGGAUUUUGAAGAUUUCGAUGAGGAAUACGUUUUUUCGGAUCCAUUGAUUUAUUGUCAUUUCGCACAAUCGUUGGCUGAUCAAAAAUAUAUGCCGCUCAAAAGUUGGCAGGCCCUGUAUCAGUUGUUGAUGGAAGCCCAGUCAAGCUAUAAUGAGGUUAUUGGUUACAUGAAUUUAGUGCUCUUCGAAGAUGCCAUGAAACAUGUUUGUCGCAUUAAUCGCAUUUUGGAAAGUCCCCGCAACAAUGCAUUACUUGUGGGCGUUGGCGGUUCCGGCAAACAAACCUUGGCCCGCCUGGCCUCCUUCAUAUCUUCCUUCAGCGUUUGCCAGAUACAAAUCAAACGUGGCUAUGGCCUGCAGGAUAUGAAGGAAGACAUUGCCGGGCUAUGCAUGAAAGUUGGGCUGAAAAAUGUGGCAUCCGUAUUUCUAAUGUCCGACGCCCAAUUACCCGAGGAAAAUUUACUAAUGCUCAUCAAUGAUUUACUGGCGACCGGCGAAAUACCAGAACUUUUUGCCGACGAUCAAAUGGAAGUCAUUGUCAAUGGCAUACGCAAUGAAGUGAAACAGUCCGGCACGCUGGAUACUCGGGAGAAUUGUUGGCGUUUCUUUGUGGAAAAAGUUAGGCGUCUGUUGCGUUUGAUUUUAUGUUUCUCACCCGUGGGCCAGACACUAAGAGUAAGGGCACGUAAGUUCCCCGCCAUUCUGACACAGACCACAAUUGAUUGGUUUCAUGAAUGGCCCAAAACGGCCCUACAGUCAGUAUCACAACAAUUUUUGGGCGAAAUAGACAAGGGGAUUUUACCGUCUCAGCUUAUUGAACCCAUUGGCUGUUUCAUGGCCUAUGUCCAUGGUACUGUGAAUCAAAUAUCCAAGAUUUAUUUACAAAAUGAAAAACGCUACAACUACACAACCCCAAAGACCUUUCUGGAAUAUAUUUUCCUGUACCGCAAAUUAUUGGUCGACCGUAGCGGUGAACAUACACGGCGCAUACAACGACUGCAGAGUGGCAUGGCCAAAUUGGCAGAAUGUGCCAGCCAAGUGGAUACCCUAAAGAAUCAAUUAGCUGUGCAGGAAAUUCAAUUGACUGCCAAAAAUGCUGCUGCGGACAAACUGAUACUGAUUGUCAGCGCCGAAAGCGAAAAGGUAAAAUAUGAAAAACAUAUCGCCUCGGAGGAGGAGAAACGUGUGCGUAUAAUCGAGGAAGAUGUUUGCAUCAAAACGAAAAUGUGUGAAGAAGAUUUACGCAAGGCAGAGCCGGCCUUAGUGGCGGCGCAGGCAGCGUUGAAUACAUUGAACAAGAAUAAUUUAACGGAACUGAAGUCAUUCGGUUCACCACCCAAGGCUGUGGUAAACGUUUGUGCUGCAGUAAUGGUACUCUUUGCAAAUAAUGGGAAAAUUCCAAGGAAUCGUAGCUGGAAGGCGGCCAAACUGAUGAUGGUACGGGUCGAUCAGUUCCUAAAUGACUUGGUAAAUUACAACAAAGAUAAUAUACAUCCGAAUAUCAUUGAGGUCCUGCAGGGGUAUUUAAAGGAUCCUGAAUUCAAUCCCGAUAAAAUUGUCCAAAAAUCUGUAGCUGCUGCUGGUCUCUGUGCCUGGGUCAUUAACAUUCAUCGUUAUCAUCAAGUCUUUUUAGUGGUGGGUCCUAAACAACAGGCUCUAAAAGAUUCACAAAAUGAGCUGGCCGAAGCCCGCCAGCGUUUGGAUUAUUUGAAACAGAAAAUCAAUGAAUUGGAACGAAAACUCAGCGAAAUUCAAUCGGAAUUUGAAGAUGCCGUGGCAUCAAAACAAAAAUGCCAACAAGAGGCGGACAAGACAACAUUCACCAUCGACUUGGCCCAUCGCCUGGUCAAUGGAUUGGCCAAUGAAAAUGAACGGUGGCGUGAAUCGAUUCAAAGUUUACAAUUGAAAAGUGCCACACUACCUGGUGAUAUCCUGCUAAUUUCCUCCUUUCUGUCGUAUGCCGGUUGUUUUACGCGUCGUUAUCGGGAGGAAUUGCAACAGCAAAUGUGGCUGCCAAGCUUUCGUCGCAUUGAGCCAGCCAUACCCCACACCGAUGGUGAGGAUUAUUUAACCUUGUUUACGGAUGAUGCACAAAUUGCCAGCUGGAAUAAUGAAGGUUUGCCCAUGGAUCGCAUGUCCACCGAAAAUGCCACAAUAUUGGUGCAUUCAACACGCUGGCCGCUCAUGAUAGAUCCGCAAUUACAAGGCAUCAAAUGGAUCAAAAACCGUUAUGGCAAUAGCUUGGUGGUGCUGCGUCUCAACCAGAAACAUUUUCUUGAGUCCCUCGAAAAGGCCAUGGCAAAUGGUGAAACCGUGUUGUUGGAACAAAUCGAGGAAUCUGUGGACACCGUUUUGGAACCUUUGCUAAGCCGGGCUUUAAUCAAACGCGGUCGCUUCAUACGCCUGGGCGAUAAGGAGUUGGAUUUCAAUCCCAACUUCCGUUUAAUUUUGCACACCAAAUUGGCAAAUCCCCACUACAAACCAGAAAUGCAAGCCCAAACCACUCUCAUUAAUUUCACCGUUACCCAAGAUGGCCUGGAGGAACAGCUAUUGGCCGAAGUGGUAAAAAUCGAAAGACCCGAUUUGGAGGAAAUGAAAACCAAUGUGACGAUUCAACAAAAUAAAUUUAAAAUAUCUUUAAAGCAUUUGGAAAAUGAUCUGCUGGCACGCUUAGCUUCGGCUGGGGAAAAUGUUCUCGACGAUCAUGAAUUGGUCUCCAAUCUGGAGUCCACCAAACAGACUGUGGAUGAAAUUGAGCUGAAAGUUAAUGAGGCGCGCAUCACAACUUUGCAAAUCGAUGAAGCCCGCAACAUGUAUCGAACGGCAGCCAAGAGAGCUUCUAUUCUCUACUUUGUACUCUCCGAUCUAAGUAGGAUAAAUCCCAUCUAUCGGUUUUCCCUGAAAUCAUUUAUGCAGGUUUUUAAACAGGCCAUUGUCUCGGCGCCACAGCAUAGGGUGAAUGAACGCAGGGUGGCAUCACUUGUUGAGGCCAUAACCUCCCAAACUUUCUAUUUUGCUUUGCGUGGCCUUUUCGAAGUGGACAAGUUGACAUUUACCGCUCACAUGACCCUGAGAAUUAUGUCAGCUUCGGAACAAAUUUCCCGUGAUGAACUAGAUUUUUUGUUACGUUUUCCCCACGAUCCGAAUACAUUGUCGCCGGUGGACUUCAUUGGACGUACCUCCUGGGGUGGUGUGAAAUCUUUGGCCUUAAUGGAUAAUUUUUAUGGCAUCGACAAGGAUAUUGAAAACUAUCCCAAACGUUGGCGUAAAUUCCUGGCAAGUGAUAUACCGGAAUGUGAACAAUUCCCAGGAGAAUGGAAACAUCGAACUCCCCUGCAGAGAUUGUGUAUUAUAAGGGCUUUGCGACCGGAUCGUGUUACUAGCGCCAUUAGACUCUUUGUGGAACAAACUAUGGGCCGCCAAUAUGCCACUGUCAAGACAUUCCAUUUUGCCGAUAUUUUCAAUGAAGUCUCGGCAACGACUCCAAUUUUUUUCGUUCUCUGCCCGGGAGUGGAUCCAAUAUACGAUGUUGAAAGACUUGGUUCCCAAAUGGGUUUCACUACAAACAACAACAACUUGUUAAAUAUCUCUCUGGGCCAAGGCCAAGAAAUGUUAGCCGAGCAGGCGUUAAGUCAAGCUCUGGCCUCUGGCAACCAAUGGGUGGUUUUUCAAAACAUACACCUCGUGGCAAAUUGGUUGCCAACUCUGGAGAAACUUAUCGAACGUCUUACUAAUCAGCCGGAGAGUUUCACCACGAGUAGUUUUCGCCUCUUCAUUAGUGCCGAACCCGCUCCAGAUCCACAAUAUCACAUAAUUCCACAAGGUAUAUUAGAAUCCUCUUUGAAAAUCGUAAAUGAACCACCAUCUGGGAUGGCAGCAAACAUGCAUCAGGCUUGGGAUAACUUCUCCCAGGAAACGUUGGAGAGCUGCACUCAGGAAGCGGAAUUUAAGUCCAUAUUAUUUGCCCUUUGUUAUUUCCAUGCCGUGGCAGGACAAAGACGCAAGUUUGGCCCAUUGGGAUGGAAUAAGGUGUAUCCCUUCAAUGUGGGCGAUCUGACCAUAUCCGCAUCGGUGCUGCACAAUUAUUUGGAGGGCAGUAAUCGUAUACCUUGGGAAGAUUUACGUUAUCUGUUUGGAGAAAUAAUGUAUGGCGGUCACAUCACCGAUGAUUGGGAUCGUCGUCUGUGUCAAACCUAUUUGGCGGAGUUGUUGCAGCAAGAUUUGGUGGAUGGUGAUUUGGAACUUUGUCCAGGAUUUCCCUCCCCACCCAAUUUGGAUUUUCAAGGCUAUCACAAUUACAUCAAUGAAAUGUUGCCCGAUGAAUCACCCAUCCUGUAUGGUCUACAUCCAAAUGCUGAAAUCGGUUUCCUAACCUCGGCCUCGGAACAAUUGUUAAAGACGGUAUUCGAACUGCAACCCCGCCAAUCGGAACUCACAACCACCUGCAGUGCACCUCGUGAAGAAUUGGUCAAAAUAAUGGCGGAGGAUUUUCUCGAUAAACUCCAAGUGGAAUUCAAUUUACAUGCUCUGCUCAAUCGCAUCGAACGUAAGACGCCCUUUGUUGUUGUUGCCCUGCAGGAAUGUGAACGCAUGAAUGCAUUGAUACAAGAAAUUAAACGCUCCCUACGUGAGCUAAUGUUGGGCCUGAAGGGAGAACUUACCAUCACUUCGGAUAUGGAACAUUUGGAUCAUUCGUUAUUCUAUGACCACGUCCCAGAGUCGUGGACAAAUCUUGCCUACCCCAGUAUGUUGGGUUUACAAAGUUGGUUUGCCGAUCUCUUGCAUCGUAUUAAAGAACUUUCGUUGUGGUUGAAUGACUUUAAGUUACCCUGCACCAUAUGGCUAGGGGGUCUCUUCAAUCCACAAAGUUUCCUCACCGCCAUUAUGCAGGAAAGUGCCCGAAAACAUGACCUGCCUUUGGAUCGAAUGUGCCUCUGCUGUGAGGUAACCAAAAAGGAUGUUGAGAGUAUAACAUUACCACCUAUGGACGGAGCCUUUGUACAUGGCCUAUAUUUAAACGGCGCUAGUUGGGAUUGUCAACUGAAUUCGAUAGUACCGCUUAAUCCAAAAGAAUUACUAUGUCCAAUGCCGGUUAUAUGCAUUAAGGCAAGUGUGCAGGAGAGACACGAUGUCCAUCAUUGUUACGAGUGUCCACUGUACAAAACAAGAUCCCGUGGCAACACCUACGUUUGGACAUUUAAUUUAAAAUCCAGGUCACCCAAAUCGAAAUGGAUUUUAGGAGGUGUGGCUCUGUUAUUACAACCUUAAACUAUUUCACACACAUUUAAAUGAGCACAAAACUCAAUUAAAAAAAAACUUUUUAUUCAACACAAAACCACAUGUAUUGUUACUAUCACCACCGCAAUAUCUUUAAUGUUAUAAAUAUUUAAAAAAAAAGAGAACAAAUGUAACAACUACAAAAAUAAAUAGAAUUCCAUUUUAAAAUCGCGCACACACGACAGUGAUGU